UGUACUCUUUCCCUCUUUUACUAGAGUAUCAGUCGCCAGGGCCAGGUCGUCAUUCGCCUGUACAGAUUAGUUCUAGGCUUGAGUGAAGCUGUUGCGGUGAACGUGCGAGCCUAUAAAGCAGUCUUUGUUUCAAUCUUGGGUAUCGCAGAAUUAGGAACAGAAACAAGCAAACACGAUGGCAGAUGAAGAACUUUUGGAUUACGAAGAUGAGACUGAGCAGACUCUAGUUAGCAAUGGCGAAGUAUCCCCAGCCAAGAAGGAAGUCAAGGGAACAUACGUGUCCAUUCACAGCAGUGGCUUCCGAGAUUUCCUACUGAAACCAGAAAUUUUGCGUGCUAUCGUCGAUUGCGGCUUUGAGCACCCCUCUGAAGUUCAACACGAAUGCAUUCCACAAGCUGUACUCGGCAUGGACAUUUUAUGCCAGGCUAAAUCUGGUAUGGGAAAGACAGCAGUGUUUGUCUUAGCAACCUUGCAGCAGUUAGAACUAACCGAAAACCAAGUCUAUGUUCUUGUUAUGUGCCACACUAGAGAACUAGCAUUUCAAAUAAGCAAGGAAUACGAAAGAUUUAGCAAGUACAUGCCGCAAGUGAAGGUAUCAGUAUUUUUCGGCGGUUUACCAAUACAAAAAGAUGAAGAAGUCUUGAAAAACACCUGCCCCCACAUUGUUGUAGGAACACCAGGACGAAUCUUAGCUCUUAUCAAAAAUAAAAAGCUGAAUCUGAAGCACCUUAAGCAUUUUGUCCUUGAUGAGUGUGACAAAAUGCUGGAGCAGUUAGACAUGCGUAAAGAUGUACAAGAAAUUUUCCGAAGCACUCCUCAUGGCAAACAAGUUAUGAUGUUCAGCGCUACAUUAUCUAAGGAAAUUCGUCCAGUCUGCAAAAAAUUCAUGCAAGAUCCUAUGGAAGUCUAUGUUGAUGAUGAAGCCAAACUCACUCUCCAUGGGUUACAACAGCAUUAUGUCAAGCUUAAGGAAAAUGAAAAAAAUAAGAAGCUUUUCGAACUUUUGGACGUUCUUGAAUUUAAUCAAGUUGUCAUUUUCGUCAAAUCAGUUCAAAGAUGUAUGGCAUUAGCUCAACUCCUUACGGAACAAAAUUUUCCCGCCAUUGGUAUUCAUAAAGGAAUGACACAAGAGGAGAGAUUGUCGAGAUAUCAAUCUUUCAAAGAUUUCCAACAGCGUAUCCUGGUGGCUACGAACCUCUUUGGUCGUGGUAUGGAUAUUGAGCGAGUGAACAUUGUCUUCAAUUAUGACAUGCCAGAGAAUUCUGACACAUACCUUCACCGAGUAGCUCGAGCUGGUCGUUUCGGUACUAAGGGUUUGGCCAUAACAUUUGUGAGCGAUGAAAGUGAUGCUAAAAUUUUAAAUGACGUCCAAGAAAGAUUUGACGUUAAUAUUACUGAGCUACCAGACGAGAUAGACUUGUCAACUUACAUUGAAGGACGAUAAUUUUAAUUCAUGCAAUCCCAAUGACUUGUUUCACUACAUUUUAUCAGUGAAAUUUUUCAUGAUAAAGACAAAUACAUAUACUUACUGUAAUCUUUCAAUUCAACGCAGUAGUUGCAUAAGUAAUUAAUCACUCUAAUUUUUUAAUGCUUAUAAUAUAAUUACCUUGCAAUUUAGAAAUCAUUGACCAAAUUUUGUAAUAGUAGACGUGAUUUUUAAGAUAAAUGUUAAAUCAUUCAUCAAAUUUUUUUAAUUGCAUUAUUUUUUAAAUUGUAGAAGAA